AUGAAAGCCAUGCCUUGGAACUGGACUUGUCUGCUGUCCCACCUGCUGGUGGUAGGGAUGGGCUCCUCCACGCUCCUCCCCCGACAGCCACCCCCAUUGUCCCAGAAGCGGUCUUUCAUCACAUUCCGGGGGGAGCCUGCGGAGGGCUUCAAUCACCUGGUGGUAGAUGAGAGGACAGGGCACAUUUACUUAGGGGCUGUCAACCGGAUCUAUAAGCUCUCCAGUGACCUGAAAGUCUUGGUGACCCACCAGACAGGGCCAGAUGAGGACAACCCCAAGUGUUAUCCACCACGCAUUGUCCAGACCUGCAACGAGCCCCUGACCACCACCAACAAUGUCAACAAGAUGCUCCUCAUAGACUACAAGGAGAACAGGUUGAUUGCAUGUGGAAGCCUGUAUCAGGGCAUCUGCAAACUCCUGAGGCUGGAGGAUCUCUUCAAGUUGGGGGAACCUUUUCACAAGAAAGAGCAUUACCUGUCGGGGGUCAAUGAGAGUGGCUCUGUCUUUGGGGUGAUUGUCUCCUACAGCAACCUGGAUGACAAACUCUUCAUUGCUACAGCAGUGGAUGGGAAGCCUGAGUAUUUUCCUACCAUCUCCAGCCGGAAACUGACCAAGAACUCUGAGGCGGAUGGCAUGUUUGCUUAUGUCUUCCAUGAUGAGUUUGUGGCCUCAAUGAUCAAGAUCCCUUCAGACACCUUUACCGUCAUCCCUGACUUUGAUAUCUACUACGUCUAUGGUUUUAGCAGUGGCAAUUUUGUCUACUUCUUGACCCUUCAGCCUGAGAUGGUGUCUCCUCCAGGCUCCACGACAAAGGAACAGGUGUACACAUCCAAGCUUGUGAGGCUUUGCAAGGAGGAUACGGCCUUCAACUCCUAUGUGGAGGUGCCCAUUGGCUGUGAGCGCAAUGGGGUGGAAUACCGCUUGCUUCAGGCGGCCUACUUGUCUAAAGCUGGGGCUGUGCUUGGCCGGACCCUGGGAGUCCGUCCAGAUGACGACCUCCUCUUUACUGUCUUCUCUAAGGGCCAGAAACGGAAAAUGAAAUCUCUGGAUGAAUCAGCCUUAUGCAUCUUCAUUUUGAAGCAGAUUAAUGACCGCAUUAAGGAGCGGCUGCAGUCUUGCUACCGGGGUGAGGGAACUCUGGACCUGGCCUGGCUCAAGGUUAAGGACAUUCCUUGCAGCAGUGCGCUCCUAACCAUCGAUGACAACUUCUGUGGCCUGGAUAUGAAUGCCCCCCUGGGGGUCUCGGAGAUGGUACGUGGCAUUCCUGUCUUCACAGAAGACAGGGACCGUAUGACUUCAGUCAUUGCGUAUGUCUACAAGAACCAUUCUUUGGCCUUCGUGGGCACCAAAAGUGGCAAGCUGAAGAAGAUCCGAGUGGAUGGGCCUAGAGGCAACGCCCUCCAGUACGAGACUGUGCAGGUAGUAGAUCCUGGUCCUGUUCUCAGGGAUAUGGCCUUCUCCAAGGAUCACGAGCAACUCUACAUCAUGUCAGAAAGGCAGCUCACCAGAGUCCCUGUGGAGUCCUGUGGGCAGUAUGGGAGCUGUAGCGAAUGCCUUGGCUCAGGUGACCCCCACUGCGGCUGGUGUGUGCUCCACAACACGUGUACCCGGAAGGAACGAUGUGAGCGAUCCAGGGAACCACGCAGGUUCGCCUCCGAGAUAAAACAGUGUGUCAGGCUGACAGUCCAUCCCAACAACAUCUCUGUCUCUCAGUACAACGUUCUGCUGGUCUUAGAGACAUACAAUGUCCCAGAGCUGUCAGCUGGCGUCAACUGCACCUUUGAGGACCUGUCAGAGAUGGAUGGGCUGGUAGUAGGCAAUCAGAUCCAAUGCUACUCCCCGGCAGCCAAGGAGGUGCCCCGGAUCAUCACAGAGAACGGAGAUCACCAUGUCGUACAGCUGCAACUCAAGUCAAAGGAGACAGGCAUGACCUUCGCCAGCACCAGCUUCGUCUUCUACAAUUGCAGCGUUCACAACUCCUGUCUGUCCUGUGUGGAGAGCCCAUACCGCUGCCACUGGUGUAAAUACCGGCACGUCUGCACCCACGACCCCAAGACUUGCUCCUUCCAGGAGGGCCGCGUGAGGUUACCUGAGGACUGCCCUCAGCUUCUGCGAGUGGACAAGAUCCUGGUGCCCGUGGAGGUGAUCAAACCUAUCACUCUGAAGGCCAAGAACCUCCCACAGCCACAGUCUGGGCAGCGAGGCUACGAAUGCAUCCUGAAUAUCCAAGGCAGCGAGCAGAGGGUACCUGCCCUGCGCUUCAACAGCUCCAGUGUGCAGUGCCAAAACACCUCCUAUUCCUAUGAAGGGAUGGAGAUUAACAACUUGCCAGUGGAACUGACAGUGGUAUGGAAUGGACACUUCAACAUUGACAACCCAGCUCAGAAUAAAGUUUUUCUCUACAAAUGUGGGGCGAUGCGUGAGAGCUGUGGGCUGUGCCUCAAGGCUGACCCAGACUUUGAAUGUGGCUGGUGCCAGAGUCCAGGCCAAUGCACCCUGCGUCAACACUGUCCUGCCCACGAGAGCCGGUGGCUAGAGCUGUCUGGUGCCCACAGCAAGUGCACAAACCCACGCAUCACAGAGAUAAUCCCAGUGACAGGCCCCCGGGAAGGGGGCACUAAGGUUACCAUCCGAGGGGAGAACCUGGGCCUGGAAUUCCGGGACAUCGCUUCCCAUGUCAAGGUGGCCGGCGUGGAAUGCAGUCCAUUGGUGGAUGGCUACAUCCCUGCAGAACAGAUCGUGUGUGAGAUGGGGGAGGCCAAGCCCAGCCAGCACGCCGGCUUCGUGGAAAUCUGUGUGGCUGUGUGUCGGCCUGAGUUCAUGGCCCGUUCCUCACAGCUCUAUUAUUUCAUGACGCUGACCCUCUCAGACCUGAAGCCCAGCAAGGGGCCCAUGUCCGGGGGCACCCAGGUCACCAUCACCGGCACCAACCUGAAUGCAGGCAGCAAUGUGGUGGUGAUGUUCGGAAAGCAGCCCUGCCUUUUCCACAGGCGAUCUUCAUCCUUCAUCGUCUGCAACACCACAUCCUCAGACGAAGUACUAGAGCUGAAGGUGACAGUGCAGGUGGACAGGGCGAAAAUCCGCCAGGACCUCGCCUUCCAGUACGUGGAGGACCCCACCAUCGUGCGCAUUGAGCCUGAGUGGAGCAUCGUCAGUGGGAACACACCCAUCGCUGUCUGGGGGACUCACUUGGACCUUAUCCAGAACCCCCAGAUCCGUGCCAAGCAUGGAGGGAAGGAACACAUCAAUAUCUGUGAGGUGCUGAAUGCUACGGAGAUGACCUGCCAGGCACCAGCCCUUGCCUUGGGUCCUGACCACCAGUCUGACCUCACCGAGAGGCCUGAGGAGUUUGGCUUCAUCCUGGACAACGUCCAAUCUCUGCUAAUUCUCAACAAGACCAACUUCACCUACUACCCCAACCCUGUGUUUGAAGCCUUUGGUCCCUCAGGAAUUUUAGAGCUCAAGCCUGGCACUCCCAUCAUCCUUAAGGGCAAGAACCUCAUCCCACCAGUGGCUGGGGGCAACGUGAAGUUGAACUACACCGUGCUGGUCGGGGAAAAGCCAUGCACCGUGACUGUGUCAGAUGUGCAGCUGCUCUGCGAGUCCCCCAACCUCAUCGGCAAGCACAAAGUGAUGGCUCGUGUUGGUGGCAUGGAGUACUCCCCUGGCAUGGUGUACAUCGCGCCAGACAGCCCGCUCAGCCUGCCUGCCAUCGUCAGCAUCGCAGUGGCCGGCGGCCUCCUCAUCAUCUUCAUCGUGGCUGUGCUCAUUGCCUAUAAGCGCAAAUCCCGCGAGAGUGACCUCACGCUGAAGAGACUGCAGAUGCAGAUGGACAACCUUGAGUCCCGUGUAGCCCUGGAGUGCAAGGAAGCUUUUGCCGAGCUGCAGACAGACAUCCACGAACUGACCAGCGACCUGGAUGGAGCCGGCAUUCCCUUCCUGGAUUACAGAAACUACACCAUGCGGGUGCUGUUCCCAGGAAUUGAAGACCACCCUGUGCUCCGGGACCUUGAGGUCCCGGGCUACCGGCAGGAACGUGUGGAGAAAGGCCUGAAGCUCUUCGCCCAGCUCAUCAACAACAAGGUGUUCCUGCUGUCCUUCAUCCGCACGCUCGAGUCUCAGCGUAGCUUCUCCAUGCGUGAUCGGGGCAAUGUGGCCUCGCUCAUCAUGACUGUGCUGCAGAGCAAGCUGGAGUAUGCCACCGACGUGCUCAAGCAGCUGCUGGCUGACCUCAUCGACAAGAACCUGGAGAGCAAGAACCACCCCAAGCUGCUGCUCCGGAGGACAGAGUCUGUGGCUGAGAAGAUGUUGACCAAUUGGUUCACCUUCCUCCUCUACAAGUUCCUCAAGGAGUGUGCCGGGGAGCCCCUCUUCUCCCUGUUCUGUGCCAUCAAGCAGCAGAUGGAGAAGGGCCCCAUCGAUGCCAUCACAGGAGAAGCCCGCUACUCCCUGAGCGAGGACAAGCUCAUCAGGCAGCAGAUCGAGUACAAGACUCUGGUCCUAAGCUGUGUCAGCCCUGACAAUGCCAACAGCCCUGAGGUCCCAGUGAAGAUCCUCAACUGUGACACCAUCACUCAGGUGAAGGAGAAGAUUCUGGAUGCCAUCUUUAAGAAUGUGCCCUGCUCCCAUCGGCCCAAGGCUGCAGACAUGGAUCUGGAAUGGCGACAAGGAAGUGGGGCAAGGAUGAUCCUGCAAGAUGAAGACAUCACCACGAAGAUUGAGAAUGACUGGAAGAGACUCAAUACAGUGGCCCACUACCAGGUACCAGAUGGUGCUGUGGUGGCUUUAGUAUCCAAGCAGGUGACAGCCUAUAAUGCAGUGAACAACUCCACCGUCUCCAGGACCUCCGCGAGUAAAUACGAAAACAUGAUCCGGUACACGGGCAGCCCUGAUAGCCUUCGGUCUCGGACACCCAUGAUCACCCCAGAUCUGGAGAGUGGAGUCAAGAUGUGGCAUCUCGUGAAGAACCACGAGCAUGGGGACCAGAAGGAGGGUGACCGGGGGAGCAAGAUGGUGUCUGAAAUCUAUCUGACACGGCUACUGGCCACAAAGGGCACCCUGCAGAAGUUCGUAGAUGACCUCUUUGAGACCAUCUUCAGCACAGCCCACCGAGGCUCCGCCUUGCCCCUGGCCAUCAAGUACAUGUUUGACUUCCUAGAUGAGCAGGCUGAUAAGCACGGCAUUCACGACCCGCAUGUCCGCCAUACCUGGAAGAGCAACUGCCUCCCCCUACGAUUUUGGGUCAACAUGAUCAAGAACCCACAGUUUGUGUUUGACAUCCAUAAGAACAGCAUCACAGACGCCUGCCUCUCCGUGGUGGCUCAGACCUUCAUGGACUCUUGCUCCACGUCAGAGCACCGGCUGGGCAAAGACUCACCAUCCAACAAGCUGCUCUAUGCCAAGGAUAUCCCCAGCUACAAGAACUGGGUAGAGAGGUAUUACUCAGAUAUUGGGAAGAUGCCAGCCAUCAGCGACCAGGACAUGAAUGCGUACCUGGCCGAGCAGUCUCGGAUGCACAUGAAUGAGUUCAACACCAUGAGUGCACUCUCAGAGAUCUUCUCCUACGUGGGCAAGUACAGCGAGGAGAUCCUUGGACCCCUGGACCAUGAUGACCAGUGUGGGAAGCAGAAACUGGCCUACAAACUAGAACAAGUCAUAACCCUCAUGAGCUUAGACAGCUGAGAACCGUUCUUCCAGGGCCGCCCUGGAAGGAGGGACACACCAAGCCGUGCCUCAGUCUAGAUUAUCAUCUUUACCAAGUGCAAGUUCCGACAGGCAUCAGCAGCACCCCCAAACAGCGCUAUCUCCUCCCUCUCCCACCCUGUCCUCUCUCUGCCUCUUUUGUCUCCCUCCUUCCUGGAUCCCAUCUCUUUCAGUUGCUCUGCUAGGCAACUGGACCAAGCCACCAACCCACAGUCAGUGCAAGGUGGCCAGGUCUACAUUGAAGGACCUGAGCAAAAGAUGUCAGAGCAGAGCUUUUUCUUCCAGCUGCUCCUGGCUCCAUGUGUCAUCAGCAGACCCCAAAUAUGGAUGAAGAGCUGUGGACAGAGGACUUUCCUAUGCUGCUACUUCACCAUUUCCUUCGAGAGUCCCCAGUUUGGUCCAAAAUGUGGCAUAGGGAAGUGACAGUGAGCUCAGUAUUAUCUUCACUGAGAAGACAUGGCCUGGCUUUCCCUUCCCACACGCUUAGCUCUAAGGGGCCAGUGAAUGAUCUGGGUGCUUCACAGCUGUGAGAAGAAAGGCCUUGCCUCCCCCAUGCGGCUGGCGUGGGGAACGGGGGGGGGGGGGGGGAGAGGUUGGGAGGUACUCUUUGCAGCACCUCCCACCUGUGGUCCAGAAGCCUCCUAUCCCCUUCCAAUCCCCUUUGGAGCUCUUCCACGUAUCCAGCCUCCUCCCCUGCCUGUAGAAAUCAGGCAGAAGAAAGUAGAGCAGUUACAUUCCACCACACAGAUGCUCCUA